CAUGGAAAGAUGAACAAAACUCGUUUCUCAGUCUCGGACGCAGGCGAUUGAAGCUUGAAGGGCGAGAAGUCGAAGACACACUCGCAACAACGAUGGCAAAUGGAUCCAGAUUUCAGAAGCUGUGCAACCCACAUCUCUAAAUUCCAAAACACUGCGAGCAUCAAGCAUGUGAAGGAUUUCAUGGGUGGAGAAUGGGUUUCGGAAGUGUGGAAUGUUGCGCAAUCUGGUGUGGGUCUUGAUCUCCGCAGAGAGAGGGAAAUCGUCAUUGCCGCCGAUGAAUCUGGUGGGUUGUCGAUGUGGAGUUUUAGCGUGUGUAGGACGAGUGAUCACGACAUGCGUCGUCACCUCAUCCGGAUGGCGAUCACUGCAGGGCGUCACCGCUGACUAGGCACCCACAACGUUGGCCAUCAUGCCAACAAUUUGUGCUGCCACAAGUGCCUCAAGGUUUGUUCGUUUCGCUUCCUUCCGCUGCUGGAUUCCCAUCGUUGUGAUCACGCUUGGGUAAUUUUCGGGUUUGCAAUCAACCUGCUGGACCUGUAUCAUGUGACUGGAGGUAGGGUCAGUAUCUCAUAACAGAGAGGAUUGUUUUUUAGAGUGCACGAAGGAGCCUCUGGUUGCUCUAGUUUGAACGCGCGUCGCGAUCCGAUUUACUAAAUCCGACUUUCUCCCGAUCGGCAGAUUUCCUUGAUUCGGUGUCCGGUUGGAAGCGAGCUGCUGUUGUAGCAAUUUUAGGCGACGAAGAUUUUCGAUCAACUUCGAGUUUUCAGGAUAGUGACGCUGAGACAGGGGUAACAGAAUUAGGCGUUUGCUGAUAGAAGUUUCCCACAUGGGGCGCUUGUUUCGAACACGGGGUUGGUCCGCUCCUCUCCUUGCACGACGUCACGAUUUCAAUCCAGGGUGCUUUUCCCGCAACGUUCUUGAAGAAACCUACUCUCAAAGACCAUUAAAAGGAAAGGAAAGCAGCAAUUUUUCUCAAGGUCGUUCAAGGUCGGAUUACGAAGGUAUCCAGUUCACGGCAGUAGUUCAGAAACAUGAUGGUCUGUUCAAAGGAAUUUUAGGUCACAGAAGCUUGAUGUCAGUGGAAGGAUCACGUUCACGUCAUUUUCAAGUUGGGCUUGACCGGCUCCAGAGUGAGCAGACACGAAAAUUUAGUGCUGAAGCCAGUAGUGAUGAAUCACGAGAAGUCAUGGAGUAUGAUGUGGUCAUAGUGGGAGGGGGACCGGCUGGGCUCGGAGCAGCUAUCCGAUUGAAGCAGCUGUGUCAAGAGAAGGGCAGCGACCUCUCUGUUUGUGUUGUCGAGAAAGCACCAGAAGUAGGUGCACAUAUUCUAUCUGGAAAUGUGUACGAGCCGCGUGCCUUGAGUGAGCUUUUCCCAGAUUGGAAGGAGCAAGACGCUCCAGUGAAGGUGCCGGUUACAGCUGAUAAAUUUUGGUAUCUAACCGAGAAACGUGCUAUACCACUGCCGUCCCCUUUUAACAACCAGGGAAAUUAUGUCAUUAGUUUGAGUCAGCUUGUUCGAUGGUUAGGGGCCAAAGCUGAGGAACUUGGGGUUGAGGUUUAUCCAGGCUUUGCAGCUAGCGAGGUUUUGUACGAAAACGACCGUGUUGUAGGAAUAGCUACAAAUGAUAUGGGUAUUGCCAAGGAUGGUUCAAAAAAAUCCAUUUUUCAGCGGGGAAUAGAGUUGAAAGGUCGACUUACUUUCUUCGGAGAAGGUUGCAGAGGUUCUCUGUCUGAGACUAUUCUUAAGAAGUAUCAAUUACGCGAGCAAGUUCAAGCGCAGCACCAAACCUAUGCUCUUGGAAUCAAGGAGGUGUGGGAGGUCGAGGAGAGCAAGCAUAUACCGGGUUAUGUUCUUCACACCGUGGGUUAUCCAUUGGAUUACAGAACCUACGGUGGAACCUUUUUAUAUCACAUGGAUAACCGACAGGUUGCCAUUGGACUUGUGGUAGCACUAGACUACAAGAAUCCUUAUUUGAGUCCAUACGAAGAAUACCAGAGAUUUAAGCAGCACCCUUCAAUACGGCCAAUGCUGGAAGGGGGGAAAGUGAUUCAAUAUGGUGCUCGUACCUUGAACGAGGGUGGAUUUCAGUCUAUACCCAAAACGGCCUUUCCAGGAGGUGCUUUGUUGGGUGACAGUGCCGGGUUUCUCAAUGUUCCAAAAAUAAAAGGCUCACAUACUGCUCUGAAGUCAGGUAUGGUAGCUGCAGAGGCAGCUUUUGAAGCGCUGGGGAAGUCUGAGCAGCCAAGUAUGGAGGCGUAUUGGACGGCUUUGCAAAAAUCAUGGGUGUGGCAGGAACUAAAGUCUGUUCGCAAUAUUCGCCCUGCCUUCCACUAUGGGUUGCUGCCAGGCAUGACACAUGCUGCUUUGGAUCAUUACUUGUUGAGGGGGAAGAUACCAUUUACUUUGCGACAUGGUCCUUCAGAUCACAAAUGUACAGAGCCAGCUUCAAAGCAUAGGCCAAUCUCUUAUGCAAAACCUGAUGGUGUGAUAUCCUUCGACUUGUUAACGUCUCUUUACAGGAGUAGUACAAAUCACGAGCAUGAUCAACCACCACAUUUGCGUCUACGUGACCCUCAAAUUCCUGAAUCUGUAAAUUUACCUAAAUACGCAGGGCCAGAGUCCCGAUACUGCCCAGCUCGAGUAUACGAGUAUGUUACGGACGAGAAUGAUAAAAUGAAAUUGAAUAUUAAUGCUCAAAAUUGUCUUCAUUGCAAGGCCUGUGACAUAAAGGAUCCAACACAAAAUAUUCAGUGGACUGUUCCAGAAGGAGGUGGUGGUCCAGGCUACACAGUUAUGUGAGAUAUAUAUAUUUACCGUAGGAAUUGUGUAUAAAGGAUCUUAAGUUGCGACGUUUAUGCAUCACGGACUCAGUCGCUGGAAUUUUAAUUUUUUGGGGAAUUUCACCCAUACUUUAAACUUGGCUUUAUAGGUUGCCGAGUUUUGAUAGAUUCUUAAAAUUACUUGCUGGAACUUACUUGGAAUUGUACUAAUAAAAGCGCUGCAAUUCUGCUUGUAUUGAAUCAAA